AUGGGCACGACACCAGUCGGAAACGGGGCUCCAUUAAUUAAACGGCAAUUGCAAACCGAUCACAGAUUCCUCACCUCGCCCCUCGUUGAAUUCGUAAUCGGCAAAGGUGAACAUGAGACAGCGUUAACAGCCCAUCAGGACCUGCUGCUUGAAUCGCCAUUUCUGAAGCAAUUGAUCGACGCAUUCGACGACUCAAGUCCCCGACGCAUCGAACUCCCAUCCGAGGAUGUUGAGACUUUUAGCUGUUUCCUUCAGUAUCAGUACACACAUGACUACAGCAUCCAACUUACUUCCGACAAGUCCUUGGAUAGUAUUGACGAGGGUGGUGAGCUCUUACUUCGUCAUGCGCAAGUCUACACCCUAGCCAAGAAAUUGGGCUUGACCAAACUGAAGAAAUCGGCACAUGACAAGAUUCACUCCGUGAAGUCGACCCCAAUUGGCGAGUUGAGCUACGCACGCUAUAUCUACACCCAAACCAAUGUCGCUGAUGUCACUAUUCGCAGACCUGUUGCGUCUUACUGGGCUACCCAGGGCCAUAUCCUUCGUCGUGACCUGAAGGACGAGUUCAGAUUGCUUUGUAACGAGAUGCCAGAGUUCGCCUACGAUAUUCUUUCCCUCAUGAUGGAUCGCAAGGACAAGGGAAAGACAACGGAUCUUGACAGCAAUGUCUCUAGUAGCGAUGUCCCUGGUAGCGCCAGGAAGCGCCCUCGUCAGGAGGAAUAG